CGACUUUGACCAUCCACGGUACUCAUACUUUUUUUACGUGAAGGACCAAGCCUGCGGAGCGCCGCCUUCACCGAGGGACUUUCCAGGUUGUGCAAUGGAGAGGACUCGGACCGGGACGGGACGGGGAGGGAUCGCUGCGAAGCCCGCGAAAGGACAUUUUGGCGCGUGGACUCCUCGGCUUGGAGGACAUCCUGGCGCUUUUUGCAUGCGAUGAUUGGCACAGACGAGCUUUAGCAUGAACUCCAGCCGUUUUCUAUGCGGCGCUUUCCACCUGGCUUGAGGAGCAACACCCAGGCUGUUGGACGUGUGUUGGACUUUGAGAUGAUGGCAUGCGGUUUCUCUCUGCGGGCGCUGGCGGGAGGGGCGUUGUUAAUCCGACACGAUGGCGGACGACAGCACAAAGCGGCCUGCAUGUGGAGGGGGAGCGCACGAUCGCGGCUCUGCAGCAACUGCCCCGAGGACACGGCUGACAAAUCGCCAUCAUUUGUGGCACCGCUGUUUUCCAUCUUCUUCCAUACACAGGGCGCAACCGGGCACGUAGCAAGGAGUUGAAGAGCCGUGUCGCCGGCAGGCGCUGUCUGCGGCAGACGGCAGGAUGUCUGAGGCCCGGGUGUUCGUGGGCAAUCUGCCCAUGGACGUACGGGAACGGGAAGUGGAGGAUCUGUUCUUCAAGUACGGCCGCAUCCGUAGCGUGGAUCUGAAGAUUGGACCGCGCCCACCAGCCUUCGCCUUUGUGGAGUUUGAGGACUCGCGUGAUGCCUACGAUGCCGUGCGUGGACGUGACGGAAUUGAAUUCCAAGGCCAGCGGCUGCGGGUUGAGAUUUCGCAUGGACGCCGUGGAGGUUUCGGCGGUGGCGGCAUCGGUGGCGCUGGUGGUUUCGGUGGCGGCGGCGGCGGUGGUUACGGCGGUGGCG